CCAGCUUCCCGCCAUCACGACCCGAUCGACUUGCUUGGUUCGCCUCGCUGCACCUCCACCACCUCUGCGAGUACACCGGCAGACUUGCACUCAUAACCCGACGUCUUCCACUCUACGAACCCAGGUGCACAACAAUUUCUGGCUUGCAAUUCGCCCAUCGAUCCCACAAGCGUGCCUGACGAUCUGACCCGCGCUCCUUGCCAAGCUAUCCCGCCUUCAGAGACUCGACAGCACGUCAAGGUCGCCAAGAUGCCAGCCUAUCACAGCGCUCACAACGAAGAUGCAGGCAUACAAUCUAUAGCGAGCAUGUCGAUCUUGCCUAUCCGCACUAAGAUUCGUGGUCCAGCGCCUCCUAUGCCCUUGGAAGCUUCUGCUGAGGAUAUGGACAUCGUGGAAGAAUCCAUCGACUUGUUCAGGGCCAACUGUCUCUUCAGGAACUUUGAAAUCAAAGGUGGCGCUGACCGACUUCUCAUCUACCUCAUUCUCUACAUCUCUGACUGCUUGAGCAAAAUCGCAUCAGCAAGGGUGCCCAUGUCGCAGAACGAGGCUAUCAAGCAGCUUUCCACACUGGCGGUGGACAACUUUAGCCUUCCAGGCGAUGCUGGCUUCCCCUUGAACAACCUCUACUCCGCUCCGGCUACCAGGCAAGAAGCAGACCAACUGAAGUCCUAUCUCACUCAGCUGCGGCAAGAACUAUCGCUUAGGUUGGUCGAGAAGGUGUACGUGGACGGCAAGCCCAGCAAGUGGUGGCUCAGCUUCACCAAGAGGCGCUUUAUGGGCAAGAGUCUGUCUUGAACGCUAUAUGCGGUGAAUGUGCCUCGUUGCCAAACUCCCUCGGAAUCAAUGAAUUUCUCAGUCUG